AAUAGAAGCAGCUGCUUUUCACACAUACACACACGUAGCUUAUGGUCAAGCAAAAGACGAGUCGGUAGAAAGCGAGAAGCGUGAGCAGAAAAAAAGAAAGUGCAACCCCUUUCUGCUAGCAACGAAGCACAGUUCGCUUUCCUUCGCGUACCAUUUUGACUGGCUAGUAUUAGCUCGAAGCAGGUGAAAGUGCGGACGGGCCAAUCCAAGAGUUGUUUUUUUUUUAUUUGUCCUGCAUUUCCCUCCGUUUGUGACGAGCGUUUGCUGUUGGAGGCGAACGUCUUCAACCCCCUCCCCCAACUUCUCCUUGGCUGACCGGAGAAUCAGAGUGCUUGCCGUUUUCUGUCCAGAACCGGAUCGUCGACGCGGCGUUCGCUCGCGAUUGUGUUGAUUUUUGCGCUCAACAGCUCGGUUUGUUUAUUUCGCGUGCGUGUGAUCUGUGCUCCUGCAGAUAAUAGCGAUUUUCGUCUCUGCUGCAUUGCCUUGUUGCGGUGUGUCUGCGCUGCUGUCGACUCGCCCCCGACCAGCCCAGUGUCCGGGAAAAGUGUACGCGAUAGGACGGUACAGCGACCAUGAGUGCGACGACGCUCCCUGCUAUUUGCAAAGACCUGGACGGUGAUGACCGAUGGCUAAGCAUCCACAAACGAUUCGUGGCCGAAUGCAAGGAGAAGGACCCGGACGUAAUAUUUAUCGGUGACUGCAUACUCGAGUCGUUGCAGUUUACCGACUACUGGAACCAGCAUUUUGUACCGAUGCACUGCCUUAACUUUAGCAUACGCACCGACCGAACGCAGAACAUACUGUGGCGGCUGCAGAACGGUGAGCUGGACAACGUGCGCCCGAAAGCGAUCGUACUGCACGCCGGCACGAACAACAUCGGCGACUCGUCGGAGGAGGUGACGGAGGGUAUUCUCGAGCUGGUGCGAACCAUCCGCCAGAAGCUGCCGGAUGUGUACAUAAUACUUCCGACUCUAUUGCCUCGUGGGCAGCAGCCGAACGAGCUAAGAGAUAAAAACGACCAGGUGAACCGAUUGCUGCGCGAACGGUGCAUCGGCAUCAACAAGGUACAGAUCGUGACGGUCGAUAGUGGGCUCAUACAGAGCGACGGAACGAUCAGCCACCACGAUAUGUUCGACUACCUGAACCUCACCAAUGUCGGCUGCAAAAAGGUGUUCGAGCCGGUGUGCGAUCUGCUACAUCAGAUUCUUACAGAAAACGAGCGGGAGCGCGACCUGACGCCCUCGGAGUAGAAACAACACGAAACGCCGUGAGCCCCGAAUGUAUUGGUUGGGAACGGAAGCGAAAAAAGUAGAGCCCACGCCUUAAAACUAACUUCCUCGAAAUGUGCGGUCCCCGAAUAUCCGGAAUGACAGGUUCGAAUCCGAGGCAGCAGCUGGAAACCCUGCAGGUUUCCUAAGCGGAACUUUACUCGUUUGCUUAAAGGAAUAAGAAUGAAGCAUCGUUUUCUUAACAGCGCAACUCAUAUCUUUCACCAUCUACAUUAUUUCCUUUUGUUUGUUGAUAUUUUGAUGCUUUCUGGCUAGAGGCGGUAGACAGAUGAUGAUUCAACAGAGAAGGAAUGUUGGCUUACCUACUUUUCCGGCGCUACAAUCGCAUUGCAUUCUUUGGAAAGUAGAAGUCAAAACGUGGUUUGAAAUGGCAAAAGCUACCAAAGUCGGGUUUCGGUUUGAUU